GUAUGAAUUUGAGAUUAUUUUUUUGGUGGAAUUGUGGAUUUUAGUAUUUUGUUGCUGUGCACGUGUUUAGGCUUUUCUCUUAAAUUAGUUUGAGUGGGUUUUUUUGGUGGACUUAAUAAUUUAGUCCGCGUGAAGGCUUGGCUCUUCUUUGUUAAUUGUUUAGAUAUCCUGAUUUUUUUUGUGUCAUUGAACUGCUGAAUUGGCUUCUUGUUGUUUCGAAAUUACUGGGUUAGCUAUUUUCUGUGUUGUCCUUAUUUUUUUUGCUGGAAGUGCUAAUUGAAAAAUUGAAGAGUAUAUUGCUGCUUGAUAUUUUCUUUAUAACUGCAAAGUAUUAUUUCUGUGUUCAAGAUAUGCUAGUUUAGUCUCGUUUGGAUUGGUUCCUACCUACUUGGUCAAUGCUUAAGAUUUAUGUAUCCAUUUCUUCAGGAGUGGCAAUCUUGGAAUGGUUAUGAAUAAUGUUUCUGGACAUGAAAAUGCGGAAACUUAUUCGAUUCAAGGAGCUGAGGUAAAUCCUAUUUUGACAAGUCCAGCUGUUGAGCUAGUUGAAACCAUGUACAACGAAGGAACCCCUGGGUUUGUUGCGGAUCAGGGCUUGUUUUAUCCUGCUGCCACUGAGUAUGGUUACUACUGUACAGGAUUUGAGACACCCGUCGAAUGGGAGGACCAUCAAAAGAUUUUUGGUGCAGAUGGUCCUGAAAUCCAGUAUGCGGGUGCACAAACUGAAUAUUUACCUUAUGUAUAUUAUCCACCGAGUUAUGUGUAUGCACAGUCUCCAUAUAACCCAUACAAUCCUUACAUACCCGGUGCUAUGUUAGGAGUUGAUGGCCCGUAUGCAGGGGAGCAACAAUAUUACACAGUUCCCCCUUAUCAGGACCCUGUAUCUUCAUCUGGCUACAUCCCUGUUGUUGUUCAACCAGAAGCCUUCCAAAAUGGUUCAGCAGAUCCUUUGUUAGAUACUAGCAUAGCACGCAAUAGUAGACCUGAUGGGAAAAGUUACAAGCAUGGUAUUUCUUCAUCAUCUGCAGCCUUUGCUUGGAACCCCCCUAGACCUGCUUCAAACCAAACCAAUUCUUUGAACAGGAUAUCUGAAUGGCCAAAAGCUAAUGUUGGACCUGUUAAGCAAUCACAUGGAGGUGUUUCUUCUGGCAGUAUUCUUACUCAAGCUUCAUCACAUGUCCUUCAGGGUAGAAGUGCUUCUGGCCCGAUGCAUCCUAUUGACAACAUUUCAAAUAGCAAAGUCCGAUCUCAUCAGAACCAAUUAAAAGUCACUCUACCUGUCAGCAAUGACUUUUCUAAUUUUGGAUCAAGUGCUUAUGGCCGAACCUCAGUAGAUAAGCUUCGAUCUAAGUUUCAUGCUGGCAGAACUCUCAGUGCUCUGAAUGGAAAUGUGGAGCUGUUGGGUGAGCAGAAUCGUGGACCAAGGAUCAACAAUUUGAAAAACCAACCGGCUGUUAAAGCCUACACAACCAAAGUGAGAGAUAAUAAUGAGCUAGGCAACAUUGUUAUACAGACUGAUCAGUACAACAAGGAUGAUUUCUCAACCGAUUAUGCAGAUGCAAAGUUUUUUGUAAUAAAAUCGUAUAGCGAGGAUGAUGUGCACAAGAGCAUCAAAUAUAAUGUGUGGUCAUCUACACCUCAUGGAAACAAAAAGCUGCACAGUGCAUUUGAAUAUGCACAGAAACUAGAUUUGGGAAGACCUAGAGGCUGCCCUAUCUUUCUGUUUUUUUCUGUUAAUGCUAGUGGUCAAUUUUGUGGUGUUGCAGAGAUGGUUGGCCCUGUAGACUUCAAUAGAGACAUGGACUUUUGGCAGCAAGAUAAAUGGAGUGGGAGUUUUCUUGUCAAGUGGCAUAUUAUUAAAGAUAUACCAAACUCAAGCUUUAGGCACAUCAUAUUGGAGAAUAAUGAGAAUAAGCCAGUGACUAAUAGCAGAGACACUCAAGAGAUAAUGUAUAAGCAAGGUUUAGAGAUGCUGAAGAUGUUCAAAAAUCACCCACUGAAGACUUCUAUACUUGAUGACUUUGUGUACUAUGAGAAUCGUCAGAAAAUAAUGCAGGAAGAAAAGGCCAGGCUUAUGUUUAAAAGCUUCCAGUCCCCAUUGUUUGUACCAGCAUUAAAUCCUGCCCGUGAACUAAAUGGUCUUGUGCAGCAGUCACUGAACAAAGAUGAUAGUAUGACUGAUCUUAACAGCUCGAAGAAAACUGAGGCAAACAAAUAUGAAAAGAUUAUGAAUCCAAAUUAUCAUAACAGCUGGAAAAAAACCGAGACAAACAAAGAUGAGAAGAUUACGGAUCAGAAUGAAUUUAACAGCUUGAAGAACGCUGGGAACUCUGCCACUAAGCAACUUUCUUCAGAUUCAAAUGUUACCAUUUCAAGCAGGGAUAAAGAUUCCGGGCAAGAUACAGCAGAUGCAGAUGAUGAUAACGGACCUGUGUUAAAGAUCGGCUCACUUGAUAUAAACCCGACAGGGGUGGAAUCUAAGUUCUCACCAAAUGCUGCUAACAAAUCUGCUGAUAUUGUCACAGUAGGAUCAAUGCCUGUUAAAGUUAACAGAAUUGCUGAAUCUUCUGGUAAUCUAACAGUGGGUACUAUCCCACUUGAUCCUAAGUCUCUGAAACUGGACAAAGGUGGUAAACAGGGGUCUCAGUGCUGAUGACAUUGGAAGGUUUGCCAUUGACUGGGUUUUCUUGUUGAGUUUUUUCUAUAAAAUAGUUUUGGCAUAGCGGAUCACUGUAAAAACGAGAACGGAAUUAUAGGGAUUUGGGCUACAGAAGUUGGAAAAUUCGAAUUGGUUUGGUCGACUUUUGCUUUCUUUUGCUUCCUGCCCCCCCUGAUUUACUUUAUUCGAAGCCCUUGUUUGGAUCUACUAAUUAUAUGUUUUGGAUUAAUUUGGGGUGGGAGGCGCUGCUUUAAAAGGAAAAAUACCAUGCAACCUUAGCUCCUUUCAUCAAAGAAACAAAGAAUUCUGUCGUGCAAUGAACGUUUGAUUAAAUUUGAAAUUUGUUUGUUGUU